AUGCAGAGGCGCCCGAAGGGGCGGCCGAAAGGAAGCAAGACGACGAGGUUCCGGAGAGAUAAGGGACCCGGCCAGUCAGUUAAGGCACUAGGGUCACGCCGAACGAAGCAGUAUCCUUUUUCGUCAGCUGGAAACCCCGAUGAUAUUUGGGUGGAUGUCGAUGAACCUGCGGGAGCUGGCGAAGACAUCGCCGAAAACGAGUCCGGUGUUAUGCCAUUAGACCCCCCACCACAAGUUCUUGCUCCCAGUCUGCACUCAUCAACUCAAGGUGCAGCGAAUCUGCCGACACCAAGGCGUAGGGGCCGGCCCAAGGGAUCUAAAACCCGCCCGAAGGUAUCGGCUAUCUCCAAUUCAGCGACCUUUGUGAGCCAAGAGACCACCAACCUGGCUGCUUCUGCUCCCUCUGAAGAACAUCGCGUCGAGCAUCAAAAAUUAGUGUCAACCAUCAAAAGGGCCGGCCCUGGUCGACCCAAAGGCUCUAAGAACAAACCAAAGCACACUGAUAGUAGCAAUGUGCGUUCAGGAACCAAGAGUACUGAACUUGACAGCGCGCAUCAGGUGGAGUCCUCCAUAGUUCUCGUUUCUCUACACGAUGAUCGGCAGCGUCCUACAGAGACCCUUGUGCCGGACGGUUCAUUUGCUGCAAAUGCGUUCAAACCAACGAGCCUCGUAGGUCACGACGCACCCACACAGACCCCCCCGAAGCCUCUAAAGAGAGGAAGAACAGUAUCAUCUCAGGAUGUUGGAAAGCUCGCUGAGUUCGAUGGCAACCUCACUGUCGUGGAGCAACCAAUGUGUCCCGAUGAUACUCCUGUGAUGCAAGAGUCACCUCAUUCACUACGCACUGGCCUUCCUCCACAAAACACCGAUGGUCCGAAUCGAAAGAGGUACAGACAUUCUAGGAUCACCCAAGACCAGCCAGGUUCGAAAAUACAUGGCUUAGCUACCAGCUAUGGCCACUCCGUCGAUUUUCAACUUCCUAGUAGACCUGAUCGAGACCAGUACCAUGCCAGCAAAUCACACAGGCACAUACAACAUACUUCAGGCUUGAAUAAGGACCUCGGCGAUGAGGAAACCUUGAGCCCUGCACGCAACCGGUUAGGGGCAGCUCUUGGCCAUGCCCGACCCCUCCUACAGUCUCCGGUGCGUGAACAGCAGCCUCGAUCAGCCAUUCCGCAGGAACAUCAGACGGGUAGGCCAGACUUGCCUCAACCUAUCCGGCCAGGGAGCUACCAUUUGGGGCGAGUACCUCAAAACUUGCAGCGCGAUUUGCAAGUCGACAGUACGGAAUAGAACAACGCAUCGGCUCUAGCACAGCAGCACUCACAGAACCGCAAGCCUGUUCACCAGAGCUCGGCUAGUCCCGGGCAGCUCAAUACAGCGACCAAUGUCGCGAAGCCUCCUACGCCCAGGAACCAUACCCCUCAGGAUGGCGGGGCCCAUAUUACUGUCGCAUCUACGACACCAAAAUCACAGUUUGGCCGCAUCGUGGGUUCUGUGUUGUCAUCAGAAGCUGACUACCGAAGAGACGGAGUACAGACCUUUGCACAGCAAGAGACCAAUGACUUUCAACUCAAAACCGUACGCAACACGUAUCGCAUGCUCGAGAUUCAAGUGGUCCAGCUUUUCUCAACUUCACAGGCGCGACAUUUACGGGGCUUGGACGUACCGAGCAGCUGCACACAUGCAGCGAUAGAAACGAUGAGCGUCUAUGCGCUAGUAGUCACUUGCAUCAUGGG